CACAUCGCGCCCACCGCCCGCCAUGGAGAGCCGCCGCCUGUCCUCCUACGGCCGCCGCCUCGGCCCCUCCAUGCCCGUGUACCGGGUGCUCCCCAGCCCCCCGGGCCGGCUCCGAGCAUCCCGCAGCCCCCAGCUGAGUCCCCGCCCGGGUCUCCGCCUGGGCUCGGCCAGGGUGGAUUUCUCGCUGGCCACGGCGCUCAACUCGGAGUUCAGGGAGACGCGAACCAACGAGAAGGUGGAGAUGAUGGAGCUCAACGACCGCUUCGCCAGCUACAUCGAGAAGGUGCGGCUGCUGGAGCAGCAGAACAAGGCGCUGGUGCUGGAGCUGAACCAGGCGCGGGACCAGGAGCCCUCGCACACGGCCGACAUCUACCAGGAGGAGCUGCGGGAGCUGCGGCGCCGCGUGGAGCACCUGGCCACUGCCAAGGCCCGCCUGGAGAUGGAGAGGGACAACCUGGCCCAGGACCUCGGCAGCCUCCAGCAGAAGCUGCAGGACGAGGUGACCCUGAGGCUGGAGGCUGAGAGCAACCUGGCUGCCUACAGGCAGGACGUGGACAAUGCUGCCUUGGCUCGCCUGGACCUGGAGCGGCGCGUGGGGACCCUGCAGGACGAGAUCGCUUUCCUCCACAAGAUCCACGAGGAGGAGCUGCGGGAGCUGCAGGAGCAGCUGGCCCGGCAGCGGGUGCACGUCGAGGUGGACGCGAGCAAGCCGGACCUGACGGCCGCCCUGCGCGACAUCCGCAGCCAGUACGAGGCCAUGGCCGCCAGCAACGUCCAGGAGACCGAGGAGUGGUACAAGUCCAAGUUUGCAGAUCUGACGGACGCGGCUGCCCGGCACGCUGAGGCCUUGAGGGUGGCCAAGCAGGAGGCCAAUGAGUACCGGCGCCAGCUCCAGGCCCUCACCUGCGACCUGGAGGCUCUGCGGGGCUCGAACGAGUCCCUGGAGAGGCAGCUGCGGGAGCUGGAGGAGCGCUAUGCCCUGGAGACGGCUGGCUACCAGGACACGGUGGUGAGGCUGGAGGAGGACACCCACAGCCUCAAGGAGGAGAUGGCCCAGCACCUGCAGGACUACCAGGACCUGCUCAACGUCAAGCUGGCCCUCGACAUCGAGAUCGCCACGUACCGCAAGCUGCUGGAGGGCGAGGAGAGCAGGAUCACCAUCCCUGUGCAGAGCUUCUCCAACCUGCAGAUCCGAGAGACCAGCCUGGACACCAAAUCUGUGUCAGAAGCCCAUGUGAAGAGGAGCAUCGUGGUCAAAACUGUGGAAACCCGAGAUGGAGAGGUGCUGAAGGAGUCCAAGCAGGAGCACAAGGAGGUGCCGUAGGGCGGGGGAGCCGCAGCUCCGCAGGUCCCGCCGGGCCGGGCCGGGCACGGGGCACGGGAGGGACCGGGGGCAUCUCCCUGCCGUGCACCCCUCGCCUCUCCCUCGUGCCCCCGUGCCCAGGGGCCGGUGGCAUCCCGUCAGGCCGGGCAGCACCGGGGGAGUGCAGGGGGUCUGAGCUCCCCGCCGGGAUGCUGCCGGGGCCCUGGGUCUCCAGGGACAGUCUGUCCUGUUUCCAUCUCCGUGCACCGUCAGACAGCACGAUGGUACCAAGAGCAUCUCCCUGCAUCCACUCUGUGGUCUGGGUGACGCCCCUGUAUGUCCCCAGUGCACCCAGACCCGGAGCACCCUCGGGUGGGGGGAUGCAGGGUGCGAGGUACUGGCUGGAGAGGGACAUUUCCCUGUCACCAACUGCUGGGUGAGCUCAGCUGGGACGCAGGGACAGGAGGAAGGGGAGGAUGGAGAGGCAGGGACAGGAGGAAGGGGAGGAUGGAGAGGCAGGGACAGGAGG